UUUACUGAUUCCGAGGAGGUUCCGAUCAGACUUGACAACUGUGUAAACAUGGCUAAAAUCGUGAUUGCAGGAAAAUCCGAUUGUCCAUACUAUGCUAGAUCAGAACUCUUAGGCGACAAACUUGCAAGAAAUUUACCAGACUUUCAACUACAUAAAGUAGUUGUUAAACCAGAAGAAUGGGAUACAUGGCUGAAAAACACAUGCAGUUCCAGGCAAUGGGACCACAAGAAGUCUCCUUUGGUGUGGAGAGAACUCAUUGAUCGAGGUGGAAAGGGGGUCCUCAUAGGAGGUGCCAAUGAAUUCCAGGAAUAUGCCUAUGGAUACUAUGGCAUACAGUCCACACAAGUCAGUGAAGACAUGCGAAAAAUUGCUGAAGAAAAUAAAGAGUACAAAAUUGAAGAGGAUAAGGAGGAGGAGGCAUUCAAAGCCCUGAGUCACCCACUUAAUGUCUGCAUUACAAACGCAACAAACCCAGUUUGUUACAACUUAAUCAAUGCCAUGGCCAGGGGGAAUGUUUUUGGUGAUACAACAGAGAUUUCUCUGCAUCUGCUAGAUGACAAGUCUAACAUGGAAUCAUUAGAUGGACUUAGAAUGGAAGCUAUGGACUUGGCACAUGGACUUCUCAGAGAAAUUAUUGUGACCUCAGACAUUUCUAAAGCUUUUCAAGGAUGUGAUGCAAUUAUUGUGAUGGAUGACUUGGUUCAACGAGAGAAGGAAAGCAGAGAUGAUUUUGUGAAACGGUCUGUAGAGCACCAUGUAAAAUAUGCUAAGGCCAUUAAUGACAAAGCUAAAAAAGAUGUCAAGGUCCUCCUGACAGGAACUGGUCCAACUAAUUUAAAUAUUUACAUGAUGAUCCAAAAUGCCCCCAAUAUUCCUAAACAAAACAUUGUAGGACUUUCACGUACAUUGGAAAACAAUGCUAAAUCAGUGGUAGCAGAGAAAUUGAGCAUAAACUCCAAUGGAGUGGUGGAUCUAAUCAUUUGGGGCAACAUCAGUGGAGAUUCUUACAUUGAUCUUUCCAAAUGUCGCGUCCAUGGAUAUGAUGGAGCUAUCUGGGGACCUCCCUCAUUCUCAUUACCAGCUGUUGAAAUGAUUUGGGAUAAGAAGUGGAUAGAAAAUGAAUUCAUUGAGUUGGUGAAGACUCGCCACCAGAAAACUCAGGAGCUAAUGAAACAUUCUGCCAGCAUGUCCAGGGCUGCUGCCAUUGAAACCACAAUGGCUCAUUGGUGGAAUGGCUCUCCAGAGGGACAAAUCUUCUCCCUUGUAGUUGCGUCAGAUGGGUGGUAUGAUGUCCCAGAAGGGCUGGCAUGUUCCUUCCCAGUAACAAUCAGUUCUGAGGGUAACUGGUCAGUUGUUCAGGACAUAACUCAGACUGAUGCCAUCAAGGAGAGAAUGAAAGAGGUCGUCAAGGACAUUACGGCCGACAAAAAUAUCAUAUUCCCUCCACCAAAACCACCCACCCCUCCACCCAGUGAGGUCCAGGUUACAGUAGUGGAUUCCAAGGACCAGGAAAAGGAUGGAGAUAAAUCUGCAGAAAGUGAUUCAAAUGCUGAAGUGAAACUGGCCACGAUCAUCGAGGAGAAAACAGCAGACUCCAUGAAUCUUAAUGACGGGAAGACAUCAGAUCCUCAAAAACCACAGGAACCAAAACCGGAGUAGACCAAGGUGCUUUCCUGUGUGCCGUAACUGAUGGUAUCAGUUGCAGACUCUCACUCUGUAUCAUAUUUCACAUUGUAUUGAUGUACAAAUGUAUAUAUGAAGUGCUGUACAAUAAAUAUUACUUAAUCUAA